AUGAUGCGGUUCACAUUACUGUUCAGUUUAUUUUUAUCCUGUUAUUAUCAACCGUCUUCUGCUGUUAUACUUAAAUCGUCCAUGAAUAAUAAUUAUUCUCAGAUAGCCGUGUUGGGUUGUGAUAGUAAAAAGCCAAAUUUAUAUUACGAUACAGAAAAACAAUUCUGGAUUGAACAUAAUAUGACAAAAUGUGUGAAAAAUGAACAUGAUACGCUUGAAGCGUAUCCAAAUCGUAACAUUGUCAAUAUUGUUCGUUUGGCUAAAACUCUUCAGUUUGACAAUUGGUGUGAAUUAGCAUCGAAAACGAAUGUAAACUAUAUUCGUCGUUGUAAAAAAGGAACAGAGACGGAAGAAUCUGUUCAGCCAUUUCGCUGUUUAACCGAUCCGUUUCAAUCUGAUGAAUUAUUCAUUCCGUCUGAUUGUCAGUUUCAAACAUUAUACGAUUCAUCAACAUGCCUUCCUCAAGAACAAUGGCAAAGUCAAGCAUCACUAACUUGUUCUGACAAAAAAAUGUUAUUAAAUUCGUCGUCGCUAUUGAAAUGGUGUGGUAUAGCCAAAUUUGUUGGAAUUGAAUUUGUCUGUUGUCCAUCUAAAGAUGGUGAGUUAGAGCCUUCUAUCUCGAAACUUUUGUGGGAUGACAAAGAUUUGGUUGCUGAAGAUGAUGAGAUACAUGAAUUUGCAGUUCCAGAAUCACUUCAACAAAGUUUGAAAUUUGAUCUGGAUGAUGAUACUCUUUAUGAAGACUAUGAUACAAUUGCAUCUACGAAAAAGCCAUUAACAACGAAGCAACAGCGACGUCUUUUAGCAGCAAAUCAGUCUUUUGAACGAUUUGCAAAUGAAGAAGGAAAUUUUUCUGAUGAUGAAGACGAUGAUGAAGAUCAGGAUGAUGAAAAUGGAAUGAGUCCAAACUCGUCAAUACUACCUGAUCAAUUACCGAAAAAUGAACAUCAACGAUUUACUGAUGAAAAAGAAGCAUUUAAGAAGAAAUAUGAAGAACAAGUUGCUAAACUCGUAUCCCAAUGGAAACUUCGACAAGUUGAAAUUAAAGAAGUAAUGGCUAAUAAUCCCAUUGAAGGACAAAAAAAAUGGGAAGCAACAGAUAAAGAGUUUAAAAAUGAAUAUGAAAAAAUAAAACAACGUGCCAAUGAAGAACGUUUACGUAUCAAUGACUUACAUGAAAGACAUUUGGAUUUGAAUAUUAACCGUGAAAAAGCUGAAGCACAGAAGCAGUUAACGAAUGCAUGGAAUGAGAAACCGAUUAAAACCGAAAAUGUUCAAAAAGCAUUAUUAAGUUAUUUACAUGCGUUAAUACGCGAUCGUUUACAUUUGGUAAAUCGAUAUGAACGUUUAAGAAUUAAGGAUCCACCACAAGCAGCUGAAAAGAAACCGGAAAUCGAAAAACGUUUGAAACUCAUUGCAGCACGUAUCAAUGAUGCAGUAAAUAAUCUGAAACAGUAUUCAAAAUUACAAGCUAAAAUACAAUCACGAAUAAAUACAUUAUUUUCUGAAUACGCUGAAGUGAAUGAUGCAGCCGAAACACUGUUAAAUCAAUUUGCGUCAUCAUCCACAACGACAAAACGUAUUCCACGUUUACCAUUGGGACGAGAUGAAGCACGAAUAUAUCCUUUACCGAGUAAACCAUCUAAAACAACGAAAAAGUCAACCACAAGCACAACUACUACAACAACACGUCAGACAACAACAACAACAACAACUGAUGAUGACAGUGAAUAUGAUGCAACGGGUGAGUUAUAUGAUGAUGAUACUGAAGAAGAAAGAAACGAUAAUGAAAAACAAACGCAAUUACCGAACACCAUGACAACGACAAUGACAACGUUCUUCGUUCAACCAUUUGUUGAUGAGAUAGCCGACGAUGAUGAACAAGAAGACAUGAAUACUGGGAACUAUAUGAAAGAAGUUGUUAAUAGUUGGAAUAAUAAUGAUUUUUCAGCAAAACGCGAAAACAACCGGCUCAUUGUGGACGAGAAUCAAUCUCAAAAAAUAUCAUCAUCGAAAUUAAUGAUGAAUCCAAAAAGUUUAUUCCAAACAUAUAUUCCGUAUAUAGUAGGCUGUGUUCUGAUAUCAUUUAUUCUAAUUGGCGUAUUAGCCUAUCGUUGUUAUGCUCUACGUCGUCAUUACCGCCGUGGUGGUCAAUAUGAAAAAAAUUAUUUAUUUACAGAAGUUGAAUCAUGUAGUCCAGAAGAACGUCAUUUAGCAGCGAUGCAAGUUAAUGGUUACGAAAAUCCAACAUAUAAAUUUUUUGAACAUCAAACACCAAAAUGUUAA